AUGACGGUGGGAGACGGCGCAGUGGCGGUCGAUGACCGGCUAGAAGCCGUGCGGCGUCCCGCACGCCCUGCCGACGUACCCCCUUCCCUCCCCGGCACCGCCUCCCGAGCACCACCCUCGCACCCCGGCGCCCAGCGUCGACCCUUCCCCCUCCCACGCGGGAAUGGCACCCCGGCCGCCUCCUCCGCGUCGCCGGGCCCCACCCCUGCCGUUUUCUCCCGCGGCGCCUCUCAUGAUUCAAUUUCACCCAGCCAACUGGCAAAUCCCCUUUGCCAGCACGCACCCCUGCGCGGGCCCUGGACGCCAGCCCCAACGCUCACCCGCAACCGCGGGGCGCCGGGCACCUGCCUGGCCCCCGCCGUGAGCGCCGGCCGGCCAGCCGCCCUUGCCCUACAGGUCCUCCGGACCCACGUCGCCUGCCAUCGUGCGUGCAAACGCUCCGGUGUCCCGUGGGGGCGUCGUUGGGGGCACCACACUUGGCCGCGUAAGACGGCGGUAGGAAUGCACUCACUUUCGGACACCGGAGCGUUUGCACGCACGAUGGCAGGCGACGUGGGUCCGGAGGACCUGUAG